AUGGGGAAACGUCCCUUGUCACGGAAGGAAAUUGAGGAGCAAAAAAAGCGAGAGGACGAAGCGGCAGCAGCCCACGCUUUCAAAGAAUUUGUGGAAACAUUUCAAGAAGCACCAUCCAAAAUAUCGAAGGUAUGGGUAAAGGCCGGAACGUACGAUGCGGGCUCGAGAAAAGAGGACACGAAAGACAGGGGCAAACUGUACAAGCCCCAGUCUCGGCUCGAUAUGGAGCACGAGAAAUCGAUGGAUUACGUGAAGAUGGUUGCGAGCGAAAGCCGCAAAGACUCGGGGGCAAUGGGCAAGAAGCGGAAUCAGGAGAAGAAAAAGAGCAAUCUGGAGAUGUUCAAGGAGGAACUGCGUCAGAUACAGGAAGAGCGCGAAGAACGGCACAAAUACAAACAUAUGGCUCGGACGAUGCUGCCCGGUACCAGUUCCACCGAGUCGGAUCCCGUGUACAAGGAAACGGAAUCCGGUUCGUUCGAUAAUGGUGACCCAAACACGACCAAUUUGUAUCUGGGAAACUUAAACCCAAAGAUCUCGGAACAGGCACUAAUGGAGCUGUUCGGGAAGUAUGGACCGCUCGCCAGCAUAAAAAUUAUGUGGCCCCGUUCGGAGGAGGAAAAGAUGCGCAACCGUAACUGUGGCUUUGUCGCGUACAUGAGCCGGCGUGACGCGGAACGUGCAUUGCGUGCGCUGAACGGGCGUGAUGUGAUGGGAUACGAGAUGAAGCUUGGCUGGGGCAAAUCGGUCCCCAUCAUGACACACCCCAUCUACAUACCGCCGAAACUGUUGGCUUACACACUGCCACCACCGCCGUCCGGAUUGCCCUUUAAUGCUCAGCCCCAUCCGUCGGAUUUGGAAAACAUUCCCAAAAUGACGUCGGGCGCUUACAUGUCGGAACCGGAGCUGAAGGAACAGAUGGACUCGGUGCUGGUAAAGUCGGUGGUGAAGGUAGUCAUUCCGACCGAACGCCCUUUGCUGAUGCUGAUCCAUCGCAUGGUAGAGUUUGUCAUCCGUGAAGGGCCCAUGUUCGAAGCGUUAAUUAUGACCAAGGAGAUGGACAAUCCGAUGUACAAAUUUCUGUUCGAAAAUGAAAGUCCCGCACACAUUUACUAUCGCUGGAAGUUAUUCUCCCUGCUGCAAGGCGACACACCGAGCGACUGGAGAACGAAGGAGUUCCGGAUGUUUAAGGGCGGUUCCAUAUGGAAGCCACCACCGAUAAAUUUCUACACGCAAGGCAUGCCCGACGAACUGCUGGCUGACGAGGAAGGAAUUGAAGCAAACAAAGGGAAUCUUUCCGUGGCACAACGUGAUCGGCUGGAAGAUCUUGUCCGGCAUCUAACGCCCGAACGGCAGAAGAUUGGCGAUGCGAUGAUAUUCUGCAUCGAGCACGCGGACGCCGCAGAGGAAAUAUGCGAAUGCAUCACCGAAUCGUUGUCAUCGAACGAUACGGUGGUAAAGAAAAAGGUUGCCCGCAUCUACCUGAUCUCGGACAUACUGCACAACUCGGCGGUAAAGGUGCAGAAUGCGAGCUUUUUCCGCAAGGCGAUGGAGAAAAAUCUGCUCGACAUCUUCCGCAACCUGAACGCGUACUACAUGCAGCUGGACAGUCGCCUCAAGGCGGAAGGUUUCAAGAGCCGCGUGAUGGGUGUGUUUCGUGCCUGGGAGGAGUGGACGAUCUAUCCGCGCGAGUUUCUCGUCAAGCUGCAGCACACCUUUUUGGGCAUUCAAAUGAUGGAAAAACAACCGGAGGAAGAACCGGAAGAGGAGAAAGAGGAUGAAGAUUUGGAUGGAGUUCCGUUGGAUGGGGCAGCUCUGCUUAAAAGUGCAAUGAUGUGCGGAAUGACGAGCGGCGGUGGAGCUGGAGGUGGAGGAGAGAAUCGUACGCCAUUGCUGAAACACGACAUCUACAGCGAUGAGGAUGAUAUCGAUGGAAUGCCACUGGCAGACGACGAUAUCGAUGGGAUGCCGUUGGAUAGUGCAAUGGACGCGGGCGUGAUGGAUGGUGGACGAAGGGCUGGUGGUGCAUCCACUUCCGGUGGUGACGGGACGGGUCGAGUUGGGAAAGGAAAAGCUGCCGGCGGUGGUUCAUUCAUACCCUCGAAAUGGGAAUCGGUCGAUGCGGCACAAAUUGAAGCACAAGCCAUAACCACCAGCAAGUGGGACACGUUGGAUCCGGUCGUACCGGAACCACCGAAGAUAAGCUUGCAGAAGGAAGGGGCGGGAUUGAUCAGCAGCAAGUACGGCAGUUAUAGCGACGACGAUGAUGAUGAGGAUGAUGAUGAUAACGAUGGAGAAGACGAGACACAACGCCCGGAAAGCGACGCUGGUCGCACUGGACCGGAUCAGGACGAGUUGCGGCGGGUACGGUUGCGCGAAAUAGAGGUCAAGAUGGUACAGUACACGGACGAGUUUGAGUCUGGCACGCGGCAGGUGCGCACAGGCUGGACGCUGCACGAAGAGAUCGACAGUUACCGGAUGAAGCUGAUGAAGGAGAUGGCACAGGAACUGCGGCAGCGUGAACGCGAUGAAACGAAUUGGGCUGCGUCGGACGAGGAUAGUCGAUCGCGAAAGGGCCAAAAGCGUACCGGCAGUGUGGAGAGCAACUCUAGGAAACACAAACGCUCCCGGCCGUCCGGUCGCUCACCGACCAGCAGCGGAUACGGUGAUCGUAAACGAGAUUCUGCUUCGCCCGAGUCGAAAUCUUCCCGGCGUCGACAUUCCACCAGUUCGUCGGAUGAGGAUGAACAUGCGGCCAGAGCCGGUGACGCCCGCUACCGUUAUUCGUCCGAGCGUUCAGUAUCGCCCGGACCAGCUGCCUCCAGUUCCUCGCGCACCAGCAAGUACGAUCUGCUCGGUUCACCGGCCCGUCACGGUGGAUCGGCUAGUGAAUCGAACUACGAUAAGUACGAGCGUCGUGAUGCACGGGACGGUCGAUCGGUUCGCGACAAAAAGGAUGUGACUCGCGAGCGGAUGCAGCUAUCGCACGAACGUGACCAGCGGGAGCACCAUCAUCGGGAGCAUCGUGACCGGCCACGCGAAAGUGACUCGCGCAGUUCACACGGACGUGAGCGCGAUCGUGAUCGUGAUCGAAGUGCGAGAGACCAGCAGCAACAGCACCGUGAUCGUGAGCGAGAGUAUGAGCGCGAUCGGGAGGUGGAGGGUGAUGGCGGCUCCUCGUCACGCUAUCGGGAGCGCGAUCGCACGAAGGAAGGCUACAGUAGCAGUGGAAGUCGAAAGGAUGCUUCCGCAAGUUCAAAGUAUGACGAUAGGACGCACGCUAAGCGGUACAGGUAA